CGUGGGUGCUCGCGGCGCGGGCGCUGAUCGUCGGCACCACGGCGAGGCGGUGGUGGCUCGCCAGCGCUGCCUUGCUCUCGUACAUCGGGGACUGGGGGGUCCUCGACUCUAUCCUCUCGAAGCCGCUCGUGGAUCCCGAGGACGACGCGUCCCUGAGGUACACGAGAGAGUCCGAGCGGCUCAGCUUCUACGACUAUCUGCGGGUGCACAUGUCCAGCGUGACACGAUGGAGCCGCUUCUAUCGGACGACUGGCCCCCAGCGGGGGCAGGUGGUCCUCCUGGUGGUGCGAAUGUACCCCAAGAAGAAGAACGACACAAUAUGGAUCUACGUGAAGCCAGACCGCGCGCUCGGCGCGGGCGACGUCAAGGAUCGGGCGAAGAUGUCGAGUCGUCGACAGCCAGGCUGGGACUACGAGGCGUUCCCGACCCUCACAGCCAGCGAGAAGACGGACAUCCUGGAGAAGGCCAAGGAGAAGCAGCUCGAGGCCGAGCUGUAUCUGUCCAACGUCCGCGGCUAC